CCCCUCACCGCCGGGUGUCCUGGCUCACGGACUCCCCUCCAGCGCGCCGCGGCUCCCGGCGGUCCUCCCUCCCCUCCUCGGCCACGACACCACCGUCGAAACUAUGGCCUCGUGCCCUCUAUUCCUCAUGACCCCGCGCCCCCCUCCCGCGCUCGUCGACGCCAGCCGCUACCCACCCCUCGCGGGCAGCGCCGACCUCCCAACCAGCUGUCGCCCUCGCCUCGGACGGCGGCAUGGUUACCGUUGCGGCUCGUCUUCCUCCUCCUCCGCGCCGCGUGACCGCCCGCCCAGGCCGCGGCAGCAGAGGCAGAGGUCGCAGCGCUCCGGCGGCCGAGGUGACGCCGUCGACCCCGUGGGCUUCCUCGCCAAGCUCGGCGUCUCGGACCGCGCCUUCGCCCAGUUCCUCCGCGACCGGCAUAAGGCUUUGAAGGACCGCAGAUGGGAGCUGUGCUCUCGAUUUAUUGAUCUGAAAGAGGCGUCCUCUGGGUUUGAAUUAUUGGGCAUGCACCGGCAUAGACAGCACCGCAUUGAUUUCAUGGAAUGGGCUCCAGGUGCUCGCUAUUGUUCAUUGGUUGGUGAUUUUAAUGAGUGGUCGCCAACUGAAAACUGUGCCAGGGAAGGUCAUUUAGGACAUGACGAUUUUGGAUAUUGGUUUAUCAUACUUGAAGAUAAGCUCAGAGAAGGGCAAGAAUCAGAUGAAUAUUUUUUUCAGGAAUACAAUUAUGUGGAUGAUUAUGACAAAGGUGACAAUGGUGUUGAUGCUGAAGAAAUAAUGCAUAGGAUGAAAGAAGAGUAUUGGGAACCUGGACAAAUAAGGUCACGCAGGUCUCAGUUAGAGAUGGUUGUUAAGCUAUAUGAGCAAAUGUUUGGCCCAAAUGGUCCACAAACAGAGGAGGAGCUAGGUGAAAUUCCUGAUGCCCAAACAAGAUACAAUGAGUGGAAAGCCUUGCAGAAGGCUGACUCGUCAAGCUUGUCUGCUUCAUAUGAUAUCAUUGACAAUGGACAGCCGUUUGACAUUUUCAAUGUUGUAACGGAUCGAGCAUCAUUUGAAAAGUUUCAAGCGAAGAAACCUCCCCUUGCCUACUGGGUUGAAAUGAGGAAAGGACGAAAAGCAUGGCUUGAGAAAUAUGUCCCAACUAUUUCUCAUAAAGACAAGUACAGGGUUUAUUUUAAUACUCCUGAUGGUGCUUUAGAACGUGUUCCUGCUUGGGCUACAUAUGUUCUUCCAGAUGCUGAAGGGAAGCAAUCCUAUGCCGUACAUUGGGAACCUCCUCCUGAAGAAAUUUACAAAUGGAGAUUUGGACGUCCAAAGGUGAAGGGUUCACUUAGAAUAUAUGAAUCCCAUGUUGGCAUUAGUGGAGCGGAGCAAAAAGUUUCAUCAUUUCAGGAAUUCACAUCCAAAGUUCUUCCUCAUAUAAAAAAUGCUGGAUAUAAUGCUGUUCAACUAAUUGGCGUUGUGGAGCACAAGGAUUACUCCUCCGUUGGCUAUAAGGUCACUAAUUAUUUUGCAGUCAGCAGCAGAUUUGGCACCCCGGAUGACUUUAAGAAACUGGUUGAUGAGGCACAUGGCCUUGGAUUAGUGGUGCUUCUGGAUAUCGUCCACUCCUAUGCAUCGGCAGAUGAACUGGUUGGCUUAUCGCUUUUUGAUGGCUCUAAUGAUUGUUACUUCCACAGCGGAAAAAGAGGGCAUCAUAAGUAUUGGGGCACCAGGAUGUUUAAAUAUGAUGAUGUGGAUGUUCUGCAUUUCUUAUUGUCCAAUUUGAAUUGGUGGAUUACUGAAUACCGGAUUGAUGGAUUCCAGUUUCAUUCAUUGUCUUCUAUGUUAUAUACUCAUAAUGGGUUUUCUACUUUUACUGGUGCCAUGGAAGAGUAUUGCAAUCAGUAUGUUGACAAGGAUGCACUGAUAUAUCUAAUUCUUGCAAACGAAAUGUUACAUGAUCUUCAUCCAGAUAUCAUAACAAUUGCCGAAGAUGCAACAUUUUAUCCUGGGUUGUGCGAGCCAACAACUCAAGGUGGAUUGGGAUUCGACUACUGUGUCAAUCUUUCUGUUCCAGAAAUGUGGUUGUGGCAUCUUGAAAAUGUUCCUGAGCGAGAAUGGAGCAUGAAUAAGAUUAUGAAAGUAUUAGUAAGCAGCAACCAGAAUAUGCUCUCGUUUGUUGAGAAUCAUAACCAGUCCAUAUCAGGACGCAAGUCUUUCGCUGAAAUAAUUCUUAAUUCUGGAAAGUUCUCAAUUGGUUCUGUUGACGAUGAUUUGAGCAAAGCUUCAUUGCUGAAAAUUAUCAAACUAAUUACUUUCACAAUGAGUGGAGGUGCUUAUCUAAACUUCAUGGGCAAUGAGUUUGCACAUCCAAAAAGAGUUGAAUUUCCUAUGUCAAGCAAUGACUAUUCCUUCUGGUUAGCUAAUCGGCAAUGGGAGCUAUUGGACAAGGGUUUUCACAAACAUCUCUUUGACUUUGACAAGGAUGUUAUGAGCUUGGAUGAAAAUGAGAGGAUAAUUUCCAGAGGUUCACCCAGUGUUCAUCACUGUGAUGACACAAGCAUGGUCAUAUGCUUCACAAGAGGGCCUUUUCUUUUCGUAUUUAAUUUCAAUCCUGAAGUCUCCCAUCAGUCAUAUCAUGUUGGUGUGGAUGAAGCCGGGGAAUAUCAACUCAUCUUGAACACGGAUGAAACUAAAUAUGGUGGACGGGGAGAGCUCAAGAGUAGUCAGUAUAUGAGGAGGACCUGUGACAAAAGGGUUGAUGGUUGCCGCAAUUCCUUGGAAUUGUCAUUACCAUCUAGAAGUGCUCAGGUUUACAAAUUAGUUCGAAUUCUGAGGAUUUAGCGCGUCAAUAAUAAGUAUUGUAAUGGAACAUGGAACCACGUAGAAGAUGGGGCUAUGAAGUCAAUAUAUGAACCCUUGUGGCAUUUGGCGAUAAGAUGGCAAAAUGGAGGUAUUGGCAGUAUUAAGUUUUCUUCUCAUGUACAAGACGAUUCCAUUAAAAAUUGAUGGAUUAUUUAUGUAGGUUUGUGAACAUGAAAUCCACUUUAUUUUUUUUAUCCUCGCUUUUAACGAAAUGAAUUGCCAGCCACUUUUACUGCCUGAGAUACAAAGUGCAAAGUGUACAUGAUUAUUUUAUCUGGCUGCAGCACGUACCCUGUAAAAGCGUUUAUAGCCACCUUACUGGUAUAGCUUCAGGAAUUCUGUUGAUAUUGAGGAUGCUUCAGUUUUGCCCUUUGGUCAGUGCAAGUUCUCUGAAAUUUGUACAUGCUGAGACUACUGAGGCUCAUUAGCUUCGAACUGACUUCGAGGAAUUCAGCAAUCGUUCACGAAAGAAAACAAAUCAGCUAGGUUACACUUGAUGGUUACCAUAAAUCUAAGGAUGCCAUAUCUGGAUUCUGACAACUUGUGCAUGCAGACUUUUGGAUUAGGGUAGUGGAGAAAUAGGGUGCAUAUAUACCUUUUAUCCUCAUCAAGCUACCAGCUUCGUUAUCCAACAACGAACAUACUGCUCAUAAUUGGCUACAGUUGUGGCUGAUCUUUGGCCCAACACAUAGUGCUCAUAGUUGUGGCAGCAUGAAUUUUAGGGACAAAUUGAAACGUCAUUUGCAACAUUUCUGGCUGUAGCCAGCAGCUGCCACGGACACAAUAUGCAUCCGCCGGCUCCCUCUGUCGCUAGUUUGAGUUAAUAUUCAAAUGGUCAAGUUUUUGUAAUCUAGUUUGAUAGAUAUUAGGAUGUGGUCGGAGAGAAUGUCCCAUAAAUCCAAAUAUUCCACAAGACCUCCAACAUAUGGUGCGCUCUGGAUGUCCUCUAACCAACCAACGUGGUAAUUCAUGGCUGCAAGGGCCGAGCAUUUAUUCA